UCCAAGAUGGCGGCUGUUGAGUUUGAAAAUGUCAAUCCUGCAGUAUUUGAACGGGCUGCAGAGCGUGUUAUCACCGUAGAGGAAGAAGAUGAGAACCAUAAAGAUAAAAUAGACAGUAGAGAGGUAUUUGACAUGAUUCGUUUUAUCAAUGAUCCAGAGCAUCCACUAACAUUAGAGGAGUUGAAUGUUGUACAACAAUCGUUAGUUGAAGUCAGUGAUGAUGAAAGUCAAGUUAAAGUUCAAUUUACCCCAACUAUACCCCACUGUAGCAUGGCUACACUUAUCGGUCUGGCAAUAAGAGUGAAACUGCUACGGUCAUUACCAGAAAGAUUCAAGGUUGAUGUGACCAUCACACCAGGAGCUCAUCAAUCAGAACUAGCAGUAAAUAAGCAGCUUGCAGACAAAGAAAGAGUGGCAGCUGCUUUAGAGAAUAGUCAUCUUUUGGAGGUGAUCAAUCAGUGCUUGGUGAGAAAGAAAUAAAGGAAGAAGGGUACAGGGUGAUUCUCAGAGAUACUCACAGACAUUUGUAUUAGUUCCUGUAUUCAUGCUAGUCAAAGCACUAAACAGCACUUUCAGGAUACUCUCAGAGAAGGUAGAGUAGGUAGAGAAUAGGUUGUGUAUAAGUAUGGUAUUGUCAUGUCUUUUUGAGGUCUAGCUUGGAAUGUUUCUAUGGCACCUAAUGCAGAAUGUGUACUUCUGAUUGUCAAAUAUUUUACCUGUGCUGCAAUGUUCUAUCCAAAACCAGCCAAUCAUAGCGUAGUAUGCUAUAUCAACAUUAUUUAGGUUGGUUGGUGGUUGCCAUGGAAACAUUGGGGCUAGAUGUUAGAUAUGACGAGAUGUUAAAAGUGCCAGAUUUAGCUGAAGAGAAUAGUACUCUCAUGUUCUUUUUAGCAGAUUCCAGUUUUAUAGAAGUAACUUGAGGAGGGAAAGAAAAACAGCUAAUGAAAAUGAAACUUUUAAAUUUGUAUAUUUUUUCUGUAAAUGAAAUCAGGUAUAUUCGUUGAAGAUAUAAAUGGUGUACAAAUAUUUUUGACACUAUUUCAA